AUGGGCGAAGGUCUUCGCAAGCUGCGCAUCGCCGUCUGGGGCGAGGCGCCUGACACCCCUGAGGAGCGAAAGCUUCUGCAAAAGGUCGACUUUUUCAUUCUGACGUACUGCUGUGUGGCAUUCUUCUUCAAUUACCUUGACCGCGCUGUGCUGGGAAAUGCCUACGUCUCUGGAAUGAAGGAAGACAUCAACCUCACGGGUGACGAGUACAACCUUUUGGUCACCUGUCUUGCUGUUGGCUACAUCAUCGGUCAGGUCCCUCACGGUCUUGUCAUCCAGAAGGUUGCCCCUCGCAUCUGGUUCCCCCUGAUGACCCUCGUCUGGGCCGCCUUGACCAUGGUUUGCGGCGCCUGUAACAACUUCUCCCAGCUCGCUGCCGUGCGAUUCUUUCAAGGUAUUGCUGAGGCUUCUACAUACAGCGGCACACAGUACAUCAUCGGAAGUUGGUACAAGGGCCCCGAGGUCGGAAAGCGAGUUGGACUUUUCCAGGCUUCGGGCAUGGUUGGUACCAUGUUUGCCGGCAUUUUGAUGACGGCUAUCUGGAAGACUAUGGAUGGAGUUUCAGGUUUGCCUGGCUGGCGAUGGUCAUUCAUCAUCGACGGCAUUAUUACCAUUCCCGUGGCAAUCUUCGGCUUCAUGUUCUUCCCUGACCUUCCUGAAACCACUCAGGCCUUCUACCUCAAGCCCCACGAGCGUGAGCUCGCCUUGAGCCGCCUGCCACCCAAGAACCCUGAGGGUCACAAGAUUGGAGUUUCCAUCAUCAAGAGAGUCUUGCUGACUCCCAACUUCUGGAUCUUCACCAUCUUUUGGAUGCUUGGCGGUGCUCUUGAGGCCUACUCGACUCAGACUUGCAUGGUCCUCUGGAUGAAGGCUUCCGGCCUGUUCACUGUGCCGCAGAACAACACAUACCCUCUUGGAAUCACUGCAAUUGGUAUUGUUCUUACGCUGUGCACCUCUGUGGCAAUUGACGCCACAGGAGUCCAUGCACCUUAUGGUUUCAUCGCCUGCGGCGUUCAGAUCAUCACUUGCGUCGUCCUGCUCUGCUGGAAUAUGGUUGGCACGGCGGCCAAGAUGGCAGCCUUCUACCUUGCUGGAACUGCCUACUUGAUUCAGCCAGUUGUCUUCACCUGGGCCAACAAAGUUCUGGCCCGAGACGGAGAUGAUGCCGCACGAGCUGUGAUCCUCUACGCCAUGAACGGUGCCUCCUCCGUACUCUUCUCUUUCUGGGGCAUCACACUGUAUCCCGUUAAGGACGCAGCCACUGGUUUCCAAAAGGGUACCAUCGCCAUGGUGGUUGUUUCCGUCAGUCUCGCGGCAUGGAUUGGCGUCGUUUGGUGGCAGGACAGGAGAACCGCCCGGAUGUUUUCGGAGCACCCUGUUCUAGACUCCAAGAUGGAAGAAGGAAUCGACGAGGUGCCUGAAAAGGAGCGUAAGGAGCUCUGA